GUAAUACUUGGCUAUUAUGUCCUGACGUAUUAAUUACCAUACAGGUUGAGUAGUUCGUGCGACUGUUAUUUUGGAGAAGUCAGUACCGCUCACGGACGACGUGCACUGACGUAAGCAACAAUCUUUACGUCUUGUUUUCUUCUGACAACCACUUGAGCUUGGAUAAGCUUACUCCAGUACACACGCUUAACUCGCCUGGAGGUUUCUUAAAGUUCACUUUUUUCUUGAUAAUCCGCAAAGUUUGUGUCUUUCUUGCUCUUGGGUGUCUUUAUCAAAAUUUCUUCGAACCGUUUGUCAAAUUUGAAAUAAAUCGAACAAGAUACGGCCUAGAGUGAUCAUUGUGUAUACAACAACCUCCUGAGCUGUAUCAUAUUCUGAGCUGUUAUAUUUUCUGAUUGCAGAAGAAAACUUUCCAUCCUUUCUGUAAAAAGCUGUUUUCUUGUCAGACUUUCACAAGUUCUGUUGCGUGUGAUCGUUCCACAUUUGAGAUUUUCGGAGGAUAGCAACAAGGAAGCAAAAUAAUUUAAUUGAACGUUUUUACACCAAGGCCUAAGAUUAUUCCUAUUUCAUCAGUCUGAAAAGUAUAAAGGUAUUAUAAUAUCGUUAAAAGGACGCAGUUUCCCCCAAAAUCUCUUGCAGUCUUUAUCGGAAGUUGCGGCAGAGAAGAAAGCCAAGCUCGAAGCAGAGAAAACAGUUCCCUUUUUUCGAAAAAGAAGUUGAAAGUCCAAAUCAUUCUGAUGCCCAUGUAAAGGAAGCUGUGUUUUGGGUUUUGAAAAAAAAUAGAUAAGCAAAACUAAACAAAACGUGAAGAAAAAAACAGUUGAGGGAGGAGAUCCCUGGCCCGUGCCGAUCGUAAAGAUGAGGACUUCUGUGUGUGCUGUACUUCUUCUGCUUGCUCUUGCCGCAAAACCUGAACCAGUUUCAAGUGACGAUGAUUGCGAACAUGUCCGCCUGGAUGUCGCCCUGGUCGUGGACUCGUCUAGCAGCGUCACCCGAGCAAACUUCAAGAAGACCAUGCGCUUUAUAGACACCAUUCUCCGGCAGCUGCCCAUUGUGGUGACCCUGGGCAUCGGUCCCUUUGUGAACAGAGACGAAGUCAGCAAACUUGCCUCCAGUACCGGCGAGAUGUACGAGGCCCGCUCCUUUAAGGCACUCGCACAGGGAUCUUUCGCCGAGAAAAUUCUUCAAUCAGCGUGCUUGCCCCAAUACCGUGUACCCCCAGAGGACAGGACGCGGGCUCCACACGGUGGCUCAUCAUUGAUUACAGUAACAAAGAGAGAGGACAACCACACGACGAUGAAGCCUUCAGCGGCCGGGGCACACGAGAAAACAGCAACAGAGGAAGAAUCACCGUCUCAAACUACAACAACGACACAAGCCUCGUCAUCAAAACCAACAACAGCUACAACAACGAUAACGACGACAAUGACAUCAACACAGCCAACAUCACCACCACCAACAACAACAACACCACCAACAACAACA